UAUUUGCUAGUAUUAAAAUUUAAUGAAAAGUUUUUUGAAAAAAAAGUUCUGCUGGAAAUAUGGAAAAAUGCCUAAAGGACGGUCAAAAGACGAUUGUAACACAAUCGGGCGCCUGCUGAGAGAGUUGUGCAGCUGCGCAGAGCACGGCGCCUGGUCGCCCGACAUGACGCCCGACAUGUCGGACAAGCGCAGGGGGCCCUUCCUCAGCACCGAGCUCACCAACAUGGCCGCUCUGAGAAGGCGAGUCGUGGCCAUGGCUAGGCGGAAACAUAAGCGCCCGCAGCCGCCGACACUCAAAUGUGAUAAAAAGACUAUGGCCUCAGACGCUCUCGUAUCGAACGUCCACUUCCUGACGACGACUUCGAGCUCCGGUGAUAGUACGAUGAAAAGAAACAUCGACAACUUCCUCAUAUCGCGCCACAUGCUGGCCUUUGAGGAGGACGUUUACGAAAAGCCCAUACAACAUUCGGGUAGAAGCUCGUCGUGCGGUGAGAACUGGUCGCUCAGCAAGGCGUGGAAGAAUAACAACAUCGAUUACUUCGCGAGCCCGCACGAACUCGCACCGUUAUCUAGGCGGGGCAAGGACGCGCCACGUGGCGGGGGGAGCAGGAGGUUGAAGGAACAGAUGCGCUGCGAUGGCAACAUCAAGCGGCACAUCAGGAUUCGCGUCAUGCUGUCCCUACGCAUGCGCCGCUACGUGAAAAGUCGGUUGCGUAAAACGGCGGCGGCGCAGUGCGCGGGCGUGCCGGCGCGACGAUUCCCGCGGGCCACCCCGGACACCGCCAGCUUCGGGUCGCGGUCCCGGGACAGUGCAGGCCGGACGCGGGGCGACGUGCUUGAGGCGCGCAACGCCACGAUCGCGCUGUGCCACGACAACGCGCAGGACGUCGAUAUGCUGAACGUCGCUUUGCGCGCUGGCAAUUUUAGGAGCGGGCUGCGGGCUGGGUGCGUCGGGCGCGGCGCGAGCUCGGGAGGCAUGCCGGGCGGCGCGCUGGCGCUGCACUACGCAGCGGCGCGCGGCUGCCUCGACUGCGUGCGCCUGCUGGCCACCACCACGCCGGACGUCAACGCCAACACGGCGAUGGACAACGACGUGACGCCGGUGUACUUGGCGGCGCAGGAGGGGCACCUGGCUGUGCUACAGUACCUCGUACUGGAGGCGGGUGGCCGCCUGGACGCACGCGCUCGCGAUGGAAUGCUGCCCGUGCACGCCGCCGCGCAGACAGGCUGCCUUGACUGCCUAAAGUGGAUGAUAGCGGAGCGCGGAGUGGAUCCGAAUGCGCGCGACGGCGACGGUGCCACGCCGCUGCACUUCGCGGCGUCGCGCGGCCACCUCGCCACCGUGCGCUGGCUGCUGCGGCACGGCGCGCGCCUGCACCUCGACCGCCACGGCAAGAGCCCCAUCAACGACGCCGCCGAUAACCACCACCUCGAAUGCUUGAAUGUGCUGGUGGCGGCGGGCGCGGCGGGCGCGGCGGGCGCGGGGGGCGCCAGAGCCGGGCACGGGGCGCCGCACGCCUGCGCCUGUUCCCCCGGGGACGCCAGAUGCGCUCUGACGAAUUGCGUGAACGGCGACGGGCACCGGUCGCCAUUUUAUCUGCACGGGCCUGGCGGGACCGCAACGCCCGCCAGCUCGGGCGGGUCCGGCUCGCCCGGUAGCCCGACUGGCUCGCCCGCGGACGGACUCUACAUCAACCCCAUGCAGCGGGCGCGCGCCGGCGCCGGCCAUCGCGCCUCCUCCGGGGACGACAGCUCAGCCGGCUCGACGUCGGACGCGGAGGCAGCUCCUCGCGGAGUCGGUGGCGGGGGCGGGGGCUGGUUCUUGCACGCCGGGGCCGGGGCCGGGGCCGGGGUCGGGGGUGAGGCGGCAGGAGGGGCGCUGUACCAGCGUGUGCGGGACCUCUUUCACGCACGCUCGCCGGGCCCGCGCGCGCCAGCCGAAGGGCAGGAGGCGCCCACCGUGACCGUGAAAGCGGAAGUGCAUGGCGGUGGGUGUGGCGGCGGGCAGUCUGACAGCGACAGCGGCGCGGAGACGACCCGGCGCGAUCACCACUACGAGGACGUGUGCCCACCGCGAGAGCGCCGCCGCAGGAGCAGGUCCCGAGACUCGGGCAGCCACAGCCGACCUGCCAGCGCCGCACGUCCCGACCGCGCAACCCUCGCCGCCCUCGCCGCCGCGGACUGCGCCGACGACAGCUCUUACAAAGGGUACGAGGAGGUGUGCCCCCCCGCGCCCGCAGCCCCGCCCCCGCCCGGCCCCGGCGACGCCCACAAGUCCGCGCUCGCCGCCAAGCUCGCGGCGCUCACGCACAAGGCGCACAACUUCGCGAGCCGUAUUUCAUCGGCUGCGGGCAGUCGGCGCGGCUCGGUGUCGGAGGAACCCACAGCGCCCGCCGCGCCCGCCGUACCCCCGGCCCUUUGCUCCGCCUCCUCCGGCGUCAGCUCGGGGGGCAGCUCGGGGGGCGGGUCGGGGGACGAGGCGCCGCCGCCGCCGCCGCCCCCGCCCGCGCCGCCCGCGCCGCCCCCCGCCGUGCUGGAAGAACCCGCCCUCAGACCCUCCGAGCUCAGAAACAGACUCGCGCGGCGCGGCUCCGCAGGCCCGGCGGCAGACGGCGACAGGUCGCGCGCACCCAACCUCGUCAACAAGCAGCCAGCGCUGCCCUUCGUGCCGCCCGCCUUUCCACACGCGGCGCCCGAUCGCCUUAUCAAGCCCUCUGAGUACCUGCGCACCAUCACGGCACCCUGUAAGUGCGACGAGGGCGCGGCGGAGGGGACCCCCCCGCCGCCCGCGCCCCCUGCGCCCCCCGCGCCACCCAUCGCGCCUGCGCUGCCUCAACCGCCGCCUGCGCACCAGCCGCUGGCUGCCAUCAGCAGUGCCGAGCUGUGCGCAGUGCGGUUGCGCGCGCCCGCUAGCAAGACGCUGUCGGCGCCGGCGCCCGCGCGCUCUCUCAGCCUGCAAUGCCUGCCCAGCGCGGCGGACUUCCGGAGCGCUAAGACGGACCUCAUCGAGGAGCUGAAGAUGUCGAGGGACAUCACGGGCAUCCGUAAGCUGCGCGUGGAGCGCGCGCGCCGCGAAAGCCUGCAGGACCACGAGACCUUCGCCGAGUUCACCAAGCGCUUCACGGCGGACAACUUCGUCGACCAGGGCUGUGCGCAGGUGCCGGAGCGCGACGCCGCCGGCAAUCUGAUCCCGGCGUGGAAGCGGCAGAUGUUGGCUCGGCGGGCGGCGGAGCGCGCGCGGCGCGACCUCGAGCGCGAGCUGGCGGGUGAGGCGGAGCGCCGGCGCGCGGCCGCCGUGCCCGCUUGGAAGAGACAGCUGCUGCAGCGCCGCGAGGACGCCGAGAACCGCCUCAGGGAGUCGCUGUACACGCCGCGGGUGUCGGAGCGCGAGGGCGGCGAGUGGCGCGCAUACCCCGCGCCCGCCGCCGGCCAGCGCGCCCUCUCCAUCGACAACAUCACGCUGUGCUACGACACGCCCGCGCCGGCGCCUGCGCCCGCGCACCCGCCGCGCGCGCCCUCCGAGGCGAAGAUGUGCACGGACCACUACAACGGACAUUCGAUGACGAACGGCAAGCACGCCGAGGAGGAGGACAGCGCCAAGAUCAUCCCGUGGCGCGCGCAGCUACGCAAGACCAACAGCAAGCUCAACCUGCUCGAGUAGACAGACCGCACCUGACGCGUGUCCGACGCGUGCAUGACUAGGCUCGGACACACUUUCAGACAAAAGACUUUGCUAGUGUUUAUUGUAGAUCUACGGCAUAGCAUAAAUUGCGUUGUAUAUUCAUGUCGGUCACUUCUCGUGGGGGAAAUUGAUUCUCGUUAGUUCUACUUAAUAUCAAGUAUAAAUAACUGCAUCUUAUCUUUAUAAUGUAAAUUUUGAAGAAGUAAAGAGGUGACAGUUGUGGAGGCGCGGAGAGGGCGACAUGAUCACGACACGACACGAGCCCCGUGAGGAUUUGUAAGGGACCAAUUCGUGUAAAAGCGAUUCGAUAGGUAGUCAAUAUUUAAUAAACGAUAAUUAUGUUUUUUUUCUUUUAUUAAGAUAUGAAUGUUUGUAAUUAAGAAGUAACGAACGUAUAUAAAUUAUUGUAAGUGUUUGGACUUCACUUGGAGGCUAUUUAUACAAAGAGAAUUCUUUUUUUUUAGGUUUAAUUUUGCUUAGGGAACGUUUGUAUGUAUAUUUUAUUUUAACGCACUUCGACUGAGCGGCGCCGCGUCGUCUGCGGGCUGCAGACGCGGUGCAG